GGUAACUGGUUAGAGUUGUGACUGUUUCCUUAAAAGCUGUGCUUAGAAGGCUUGCUGUUUUCCUGUGAUAGAGAAAAGCCUGUGUCACCAGGAUAAUAAAAGUCUUUAUACUGUUGGAGUUCUGUUUGUUUGGCUUGCUUGGUUUGGUUUUCCUCUGGUUUGUUUGCUUGUAAUCAUUUGGUGUGGCUUUCUUUUUAAGCUGUUCAUUUGAUUUGCUUCAGUCAUUACAUUUUGUUCUUAGGGUGGUGAUGGGACUGACCCAGGUACAGAAACAGAAGAGAGUAUGGGCGGAGCCGAAAGCAAUCAGAGAGCUGCUGACUCUCAAAACAGCGGUGAGGGAAGCACAAGUGCAGCAGAGUCCUCUUUCUCUCAGGAGGCUGCUCGGGAGCAGCAGCCCACGUCGGCAUCUGAGAGGCAGACCCCGCGAGCACCCCAGUCACCAAGGCGCCCACCACAUCCUCUUCCCCCACGCCUGACUAUUCAUGCUCCACCUCAGGAGUUGGGGCCACCAGUUCAGGUAUUGACAGAAAACAACUUAUAAAAAAAAGGCACUUUUGGUUUUUCGAGACAGGGUUUCUCUGUA